AUGUGCGCCAGGGCCUCGGAUGCUUUAUCGGACUGGUUCCCAUGCCCAGAUACAGACACCCUUUCCUGUGCAUACUUUUCUAUUCCCCUCGACUACAACGACGCGUCAGCGGGAAAUGGCCAGCUUCUCGUCGUCAAAGCAAAUGCCACCGGAGCAGAGCCCAAAGGGACAGUCUUCCUUAACCCCGGUGGACCCGGGGUGUCCGGUCUCCAGUCGCUCAUUGACGACACCCCCGCGUUGAUGAACAGGACCGGUGGAGCCUACGACUUCGUCAGCUGGGACCCUCGUGGCGUCGGCCCGUACACUUACCCAGGAAACGUCUACUGCAUCGGCGACGAGGAGUACGACUACUUCUGGGCAGGCACCAUCGAAGCCGACGGUCUCAACUCCCUCGGCGACUUCUCGAACUUCACCGACCUCACUACGCUCUACGCCCAAGUCCCUCUCAUGACCGAGAAGUACGCCGCGCUCGGGAACAAGUGUCUCCAAGGCCCCAACGGAACCACCCUCGAGUACGUCGGCACCGCCGCAACGGUGCGCGACAUGGUCGCGCUGGCGGACGCCAUCGUUGGGCCCGACAGCGAGAUCAACUACUGGGGCCUUUCAUACGGCACGUACUUGGGCAUGGUCUUCGCCAACAUGUUCCCGGAGCGCGUCGGGCGCGUUAUCCUCGAUGGCGUAAUCGACGCAACAAAGAUCGCCACGCUGCAGUCUCACCUGCUCUGGCGGGACCAAGUCGCGUCGACCGAGGACGUGUACAGCGCCUUCGCAAAUGCGUGCGCCAUGGCCGGCCCCAGUGGGUGCAGCCUCGCCUUUGAUGGCGUUUCUGGGGCGGACGUCGUCAGCCUGCUCUCCACUGUAGUUGAGGAGCUGCACGCCCAUCCUAGUGAUGCGCGCUUGCGCCUGAUGCGGGGUGUGAUGUAUGGGAGCAUGUAUCAGCCUCAGAUGUGGACCGCCGUUGCGAACGAGACGAUUCCGCAGACGAUCAAGGUGGUGCUCAACGGCACGGAACUGGACGAUACGUUCGCCAGGCGUCGCUCACUCGCCAAGCGUGACACGUUCACUCAGAACAGUUUCACACAAGCCGCGGUCGUGUGCGCGGACAGCGUCGACGCAGAUCUGGAGGUCACGAUGUCCGUGCUCUUCGACGAGAUCGUCGAGGUCACCAAGAAUGUCUCACAUACCUUCGGUCCCCUCUGGCCUGUCCCAUGGUUCCAUUGCUCCACCUGGCCAGUGCGCGCCGUCGAACGGUACCAAGGCCCGUUCAACGGCACGUUCGCGAACAAGGUCUUGGUCAUCGGCAACACGUAUGACGGUGCGACCCCGUUCUACGAGGCACAGGCGACUGCAGAGGUGCUUGGCGACCAGGCCACGCUCGUCCAGCAAGAUGGAUUUGGGCAUACCACUCUCUACCAGUCGUCGCAAUGCGUGACAGACAUUAUCACGGCGUAUCUCGAUGAUGGAACGAUGCCCCCUGGGACUGCGGCGAUGCCGACGGUGUGUGCGAUUGACGAAUCGGUUGAGCUAUUUCCGGGGGUCACUGAUCCGUGGACGUCCCCGCAAACGGCACGCUUGCCGAUAGGAUGUGAUGGACAUUUAGGCCGUUCGAAUUCUCUCACUUGGACAGUGGACGCUUUCCAGAGUUAG